CACAUAACGCUUUGAGUCACACACUGUGUGUCGGUUUUAAGAGUACAUGAAUAAAUUUAUUGUCGUUCAUUCGGUCAGUUAAAUAAGCGACAGCAUUGGAAACAGUUGAGUUUGAUCGUUCGGUGCCGAUAGACGCAUUUUUUCAAAACAAAAUUACUACUCACAGCGAAAGUUAUAUUUAAAAAAAGAAAAUCGCCUUAAACCAAGUUUCAAAACCAACAGUUAGAGAUCAUUCGAGAGAGAAAAAACGCAAUUUUUUUUUAUUUUGCAAAGAUAAAUCAACAAAUCAACCAACUAAAUAAUUUUUUUGCGACACAAAAAUCUUAGUGAAAAAAAGUGCUAGAAAAUUUUCAACGAAGCAAAAAAAAAAUAAGAGAGAAAGAAAUUUCUUCAUCGACAAAUCAAGAACACUACCAGAUUUUUAGGAAAAAUCAGAUUUAACGCAAUUUUUCGUUCACUUCAAUAUCUCAGAGGGCCGCGAAUCGUCCACUGAAUAAAUAAUAAUCCUUACUUAUGUUUUGCAUGAAAGUGAACAGAUUUUUCACAAUAAUUUCGAUUGCGAUAGAUGAAAUACAGAACGUUAAUAAUUCGAUCACAUAGCAUCAGUUGAACUGAAGAAAAGAAGAAACAGCGAAAUCAAUAAAAUAAAUUUUGGUGGGAAAUUCGAAGAAAAAGGGAUCUGAAAUCCAACAUUUCCGGAAAUUCCGCAACACACACUCAGAGACAGAGAGUAAAAAAAGAGCGCGCAGGAAAUUUGAAAGAAGACGAAGAGAGAAAAAAAGAUCAGCCUAGAGAAAGCAUUGAAAUCCAGAUCGAAAGAGAGAGAGAGAAAGAGAGAGAGAGAGAGAAAGAGAGAGAGAGAGAGAGAAGAAUCAAAUCAGUAUUAAAAUACAUUCAGACGCACGCGGUAUAAUCUAAUCGAAGUCGAGUCUACAAACACACAGUUUUUUUUCUCUCGGUUCAUUUGUGCUACGAGGAAAAGUUACACAGAGAAACUAUGAAAAUGAAUUCAAUUAUCUACUUGAGCUUAUUUGCCCUGGCAUGCAGCGUGUACGGUCGUGCAAUUGACGAACCGGAUAACACAAUUUCUAGCGAUACGGCUUUUGUCGAAAUCAACGAAUGGGUUAAAGUGAAACCCAUUAAAAUUCGUCCACACGUUGGCAAUACCGUUGAAUUGGAGUGCGACGUGAUUGGAUCACCACCGCCAAGUAUACAUUGGGUGCGCGGCGACAAAACUGUCGAUAAUUUGGACUUUGAAUCGAAUGCCAUUACCGAAAGUAAUCCAACAUCACGUGCACGUGCCAUUUCGCGUUUGAUCAUCGAUAGAUCGGUAAUCACUGAGCGGACAUUCACUUGUGUUGGACGCUCUGGCAGCAAAUCAGCCGUGGAAUCGACCACCAUCUUUCCCAACGAGAAUAACAAUCAAAGCGAUUUAUUGUCAUUGAAUGCCGGCAUCACCAGUGCUGCAUCGAAUGGGCCGAAGAAGGUGCGCGUUCUGUCGUUCUAUUCGACGAUAUUUGCAUCGAUUGGCAAAUCCAUUGUGCUUCCAUGCAAGGCAGCUGGACGGCCUCAUCCAGAGAUUUUCUGGCUCGACGCUGAGCAAAAUAUGAUUGGAGCACAAAAUUCACGGCAAAAAGUCUUACCAAACGGUGAUUUGUUGAUUUCACCAUUGAGAUGGUCGGACAUGGGUACCUACACAUGCAUAGCACGAAAUCCCAUCUCGAAGGACACAGCAGAAACAUUCGUUUAUCCAUCGAGCGAUUAAAUCAAGCAUUCUACAUCGGCAGUCGUUCAUCAAUGGAUCGAAUAAAAGUUGAAAUGAAAUCGAAAACGAGCCCCAAAAAACUAUAAAAAAAACCAACAGCACAGAAAGAAAAAAAAUCCUUAUGCCAAUUAUAGUUCUUAUGUACUUACUACACUAUUCUAUUAAUAUUUCAAUAUUUAUUUAUGAUUUAAGAUUUAUUCUACAAUAUCCAUGAAAUACUUCGUUCACAAACAAAGUGCAAAUUAAAUUAGUAAAAAGAAGAACAGGUGACGUGCGCCCUUCGCCUUUCAUCCCAUUUUCAUGUGUGAAAUCUCACAAAUGAUUGAUAAAAACAUUCAAAAGUCACACUGGGAGGAAGUAAGUGGGCGUUCACCGAAACACGCAUUCAAUUUGAGUUGAGUACUGCAAAUUUGUUGAAUUUUGUUGCGAAACAAAUGCGAUGUGGCGCUCAGGUGAUGUCCUGGAUGCAGUACGAUACGUAAAAAACUUACAUUGUGUCAUAUAAUUCUUAAGCCAUCAAACCAUAAAAUGAACAACAACAUGAAAAGAAAAAGAAACACAACUACCAUUACCAUUUCAAAUGAUUCCUAUUAAUUUAUAGAUCUUAUGUAUUGUCUUAUUUGUCUAUAUUUUUUGCAUUCUAUCCGCAUCAACGCGAUAGAUACAAAACCUAUGUUUCGAACUAACCAUAUGAACAAGAAAUAAACCAAACAUUAAUCACAAGAAUAGAAGAGAAGAAUUCACAACGAAUUUCAAUGAAACCAAUAGCAUCAUAAAUAAUAGCAAAGUGCUUCACUAGUAUUACUAUUUUAAAGACAGAAUGAAAAAACACCCUUUUUUAUUAAUAUUUUACUUAUUUUUUUUUGUCUAUGUAAAUAUGUUUUAAGUUUCAUUAAUGUAUAAUUGUAUCACUGAAUGAUGGAAUACAAAUCUGAUGGAAAGCGAAAAAAAAGGAAAAA